AUGGCAUCAGCCUAUACAACAGCUUUUCCUUCUACGAAGGAAACAACUAACUAUGCUCGUCUGUGUCGCCUUCUGGUGGAUGUUGGAUCCCAGGCUUUGAGAGACACUUUUGAUGCCAUACAUCCUCCAGUAGGACUUCAUACAGUUUUGGGGCGUCACCCAGAGGAUGUAACACUACAGUCUCUGAGGAAGAAGAGAAUCCUGAAUCCUACACAAUGGGGGAAGCUGUAUCCAACUAUACCAUCAUCUGUUUCAUCAAAAAACUUUGAUGUAACGUUAUUGAUGGUGCUUCUGAGGAAUAUCUGUGGAUUGGUUCCUCCCAGCACUGGAUGGGACAGACUUCCUUCACCAACAGAUAUGAGUAAGGCAGCCAACAUAGCCAGGCUGAAAUACUACCGUAAUACUGUGUACGCCCAUGCCACCGAAGCCUCUGUAGAUGAUGCAACAUUCAACAGCUACUGGCAGGAUAUCAGCAAUGCCAUAUUAGGACUAGUAGGAGCAGGUUAUGGAGCUGCUAUAAGUAAGCUUAAGAAUGAGUGCAUAGAUCCUGAGACAGAAGAACACUACAGGCAGCUGCUAAAGCAGUGGAAACAAGAUGAGGACAAUAUCAAAGAAACGAUCAGAGAGAUUGAAGACAAUUUAGAUCAGAUGAAAAGUAAAGUGGAAGACAUUGGGGACAAACUGGAGACAUUGAUGGCACGACAAGAAGAAACAAAGGAACAAGAGCAAACCAGACAAGAGUUGCAACAGAUGAAAAGUGAGGUAAAAAACAUUAAUGAAAAGUUGGACACCCAAAUGAGAGAUGGCACGAACAAUGGAGGUAAACAACACAGCAAGGCUGGAGCGCAUUAUAGCUGCAUAAGAAUUAUAAUACUGUCGUGGACAAAUGCCUAG